AUGGCGCCUACUUGCCCAGAAACGGUUCGGGGGAGCAGACCCAUGACGAGGUCGAGAUUUGGCUGCCGAAAUUGCAAGCUCAGAAAAGUCAAGUGUGACGAAAGCAAACCACGGUGCAAGCGAUGUGCUUCAUUUGGGGUAAUAUGCAACUUCAGACUGGAUGUUCUUGACCUGCAGCCCGUCACCCGUGAUCCUGCCAUGUAUGCAUUCCAGGUCGUUAGACAAGGGGUGCUUCAACCACCUCCCAGCAGCUCUGUGUGGACAACUGAUGGAUCAAACUUCUAUCAGUUGAACUCAAAAUGCCAGGAGUUUGUAACUCGGUAUCUAGGAAGAAGUCUCAUAACUCCAGAUGACCCCAGAAUGGUGCAAGUUAAUCGCCGCCUCUUGGCCUUAGCCUUCGCUAAUCCUUUCUUGAUGCACGCCUCCCUUGCGGUGGCCUUUGCAUAUGACCGCCACUUGAGCCGCUCGUCAGGCUGCCGUCCUUCGGUAGAAGAGUGUUAUCACUGGUCUCAAAGCACAGCACUUUUCAACAGAAGGUUAAAUAAGCUAAUUGAAACCAAGGAUAAGGAUCCAAUCUGGGGAACAGCAGCUGCGUUGGCCGUGUUGAGUUUUUCGACCCCUGAUGCGAUUACACCUGAAAAAUCGUGGCCUCUAAAACCUUCUGAGCCCACGGACCUGGAAUGGUUGCGCAUGAACACGAGCAAAAUGUCUCUGUGGCGCAUAGCUGACCCGCUACGCCCGGACAGCCUUUUCCGUGUUAUGGCGACGACUUUCGCGCAAAUGAACUCCCCCCUACCAGAGAAAGGCAUAUGUGAUAUGUUAAUACCCUUGGCUCAAGUGUGUAGUCUUGAAGACUCAUCAACGACGGAAAAUAACCCGUAUUUUAAAGCCGCCCACGCCGUGUCUCAGAUCCAACGGCUCCCAAAUCGCCAAGUCACCGUAGGGCAAACAGAAGUCUUCACGCGCUCUAUCCAUGGGCCUUUCAAAUCCUUGUUGCAGAGAAAGGACCCCAUUGCACUUUUAUUGAUGUAUCUAUGGUAUCGCAAAGCGGGUCGCAGUAUAUGGUGGAUUGAACUGAGGGCAAGAGUAGAAUGUCCUUCUAUUUUCUCGUAUUUACGGUUAUAUCACAGAGGAUAUACCACAGUACAUGCAUUCCUGCCGGGAGGCGCACUCGCAGCUUGGAUAGAAGAAAACCCAUGA